UGCAUCGAAAAUGGGUUCAAUGGUGUUCGUGCAGUGAAUGUUUUGGACUUUUAAAUUGCAUUUUACUUGAGAAUUAGUGCUCGAAUCGGUGUUUAAUAAGUCGGAAAUUGCGCUAAAACUAUUACCCGUCGUAUAGUGGCAACGAAUAACACUUGUAACGGCGAAAAAACCAUUUUCGGGGCGUGUAUAGAACAGAAGGCAAGCGUAGAAUAGGAAUAAUAUGGCCGAGUUUGUGUGAGGCUGCUCUGUCCCGUUUUGGAUUCAACUCGCUCGCUAAAAACUUACUCAAAACAGGUCCGCGGUUAAAUUCCAUCGACGUGUCAGACUAUUUGCUUUUUACGAGUGCUUUCGCUGUGUAUUUUAACGUUUAUUUUGUGGCUUAUCGUCUUGCAAAACACCGCGUUUAUAUUGAGAAAUUUAUGCCGUUUUCUGACACAAAAGGGAGUCGAAAUAUCAGGCGCGUUAUGCUGAUUUAACAAACUUGCAUUUUACAGUUAUAUUUGGACAUGGUAUGAAAUGUUGGAGAGAAAGACAAGGCUGGAUCGUUCAGCCAAAACUAAUGGUUCUUCCCUACCAACUGAAAAAGACAACACCUUUCUCGCCCCCAAUGAGGACAAUAUAAUGACCCGAAAACCGAUCCGGAUACGAAGGCAAAGAAUCCCAGUUCUACAGUCUGGUUAUUGUGCCAUUUGUAAUUUACCGUAUAACAGCAUCGACGACCAUGUUCAAUCGAAAAAGCACCAAAAACUGAUCGGCGAGGAUGCCAGCUACAUCGCAUUAAACGGUUACAUCCAAGCCGGAGUUGGUAUCGAAUCGAUUUUGAGUUUGACCGGCAUUGACGCAAUAGGUCUCGACGACUUUUCACCGAAACAAGGGCGUCGCCGCCCAGCAGCCCCGAAGACCUCCUCGCGAGCGUCCUCGGUGGCCCCCAUUUCGAGACACACCAGGGCAUCCUCGGUCGUGUCCGACAUCGUACGACCCGCCCACCGAUUCGACGAUAAGUUCGAAAAACCGCGGGAAAAAUCCGCGAAACUGCAAGAGAAACAUAGCAUGACGAAGAAGACGAAACAUAGGAGUCCGAGUCCGGUCGAGGAGAUUAAGGAAAAGGGAAAACCCGCGCAGGAUCAGCCUGUACGUCUUGAGUAUAAGGAGUAUAGAGAGUUGAGAUCUAGUACAAGAGCGUUGGCUAAAUUAACCUCCGGUAUAACCGAGCCGGAAACGUGGGAGUCCGGCAGGCCGAAACGGGCGUGUAUUGGUAAACAAAGACGGUUAACCGUAGACGAGCGUUUGGUCUCCGACAAUAAAACGUACUACAAAGUGGAAGUUUUGUCCAGUAAACUUCGGUCGAAUGAUAAACCUAAUGGCAAUUAUAAUCAGCCGGAGGCGAAAUCCAAAGACGAUAAGGGGUUGAUCGUGAAGUUCAAGAAGCUGAGGAACACUGGUAAGAAGGAACUCAUUCAACUGAACAACGAAGCGACCAACUUCCUAUUUCCCAGAAAAGAUGAAACUUCCGAGGACGACGACGAUGAAGAAGAAGAAAAAGAAGAAGAAACAAUCGUAGAACCUCCGAAAAAAGUGAAGAAAAAAUCACCCCCACCAGAUAAAAACGAAGUGUCUUCGGCGAGCGAAUUGGAAGACACGAAACCUCCAGACCGAUACCCGAGCAGAAGAGCGAAAGAAUCUUUCAAAGUAGAUGACGAAACUUCCAUGGACAGUACGGCCUCUUCCGAAACCAGGACGAGAAGAAAGAGACGGAGCCACGUGGAGGCGUUCAUUAACGAUAACCAGAAGUAUUAUAAGUUCGAAACGCCUGUAUCUAGUUCUUACAGGUUAAGGUAUCACGGUUCCUAUCUGUCGCCGAUUCCUCCAAAAUCGAAUGGAGACAUGGUCAAGGUGGAGAGCAGCAAGGAGGAUAAGCCGGAAUCUUGUUCUAGAAAAGAGAGGGAUAAAGUCGAGGAGGUGAGCUCGCACGAGGAAGCUAAAGAGGAUUCCGAGGAGGAGGAGGAGGAAGAGCUGACGGAUAAGGCUGAUAAACAGGAUCGGAUGAAGGUCGGAUUGGACGGGCUGUUAUUUAGCUUCGAAACGGUGCCGGUGAACGAGAAGUGGUACCAGACGUUUCAUCGGCAGGACGUCUUCGAGCAAUCGUACAAUUUCGGCCAUAACUAUUACUGGAACGACUUCGUUCUACCAUACCAAAUUCCCCACUUAAGACCGUUGGAUCCACGCACCUGCUAUCAUGCCUUCCAGGAGAUAAAAGACUGUAUUUUGAACUCAAAGUUUGACGAGCCGACCUCCAGCAGUGACGUGGAUGCUUUAGAAGGCGUUGAUUCCCCUGCACCACCAGACACUCGAAUGCAAGAGUCCACCAGUGAGGAAAAACUAGCUACUGGAACCUUAUCUACAGACGAAGACAGUAAGCUAAGCGAAGGUUCUUCGGGUUCCAGCGCGGUGGCACAAGAAGUUAAGGAAAUAACGGCCUUAAGCAGAAAAAAGAAGAGCAAAACGGGUGCGGAAAUGAGGGCUGCCUCGAUGACCUUCUUGUCGGGAUCGCCUCGCGGGAGAAACCCACGGAAAUCGCCCAGACAACACGCCUCCACUUUGGCAAUUUUAAGCAGCCUAGUGAACCAAAGGAAACGACGAUCGAGGAAUCCCGCAGCAGAAAGUUCGUCUACUUCAUCUUCUACUCUUCCAAUAAUACCGGAGGAGUCACCGCAGGUGGAAAUCGACCAACCCAAGGCCAAACCGACGACAGGACCUCAAAGGCAACGCAAGAAAAAAGUCGAUUACUUCGCCCUCGCCCAGCAAAUCGAAGACGAACUGAAUACGGCCCUGGACUUUGAUUUUUCGGAUUUUGAGCCCACCACUGACCCGGACACCAGUUUUCUGGACAGUAGGGUGACGGCCCACGACGUGAUGACCAUGUACGAGCAAUCAAAGGCCAAAGAAGACAAACAGAGUUGCAAAAAGUUCUUUAACGGGUCUGCCCCGAGAAAACCGUUGAAGAAGAGAAAGAACAUGACCGGCUGGCCGAAGCCGAGCAAAGUAAAGAAGAAAAGACUUACGGUAACAAAGACUGAAAGUAAUAACAACGAGACGAGCGGCGAGGAGAGCGACAAGGAGGCGGACGCGGAUGAUCGAGAAAAUAAGUGUGACGGUAGUGUGCAAAACAGGGUAGAUAGUGGUGAUAUUAGGGAUACUAAGAUACUGCAACCGUACGUGUACGUGAAAAAGUUGGAUACGGAGCUGGGAGUGAAAAAACUGAUCAUUAAAACGCCGGUUCGUAGGCCGGUGAGAAAACGGCGUGUGAUUCCCACUUCGCCGUUGAAACCGCCGAGGAUUUCGAGGCGGCACCGGGGCCGAUGGUACCGGGACAGAUAAUCCGUUACUAAUUCGCGUUAAUUUAUUUUUUUUUCUCAUUUCUCUUAAUUUUAUAAGAGAUGUUUAAAUAUUUUGUACCAAAAUAUUAAUUUUAUAUAAUGUAAUUAAUUUUUCCUUUUUAAUAAUUGAAAAUGGGCUACGGGGUGUUGGACGCUGGAAGGCGAACGGUGGCACUUGUAAAUAAAAACGCAGAGUAUUAUUUUGUUAUAUAGUUGGAGGUCUAACGCCUUUUAGCCCGGAUAGAUAGACGGAGUUCAAGUGAGGAUUCUAAAAAUCUUCAAUAAAGUUGAUUUAUUAAACAAAA